AUGUCUCCGAUGGAAAAUGAGAAGUACGGAGACCUCAAUCGAGAGAUGUCGCCAUUGAGUCUGGGCCAGGACUUAUUAUCCGCUAAAAAACAUACAAACCACGUGAUUUAUCACAUUCGAUCUCCCUUCCUCUCUCUCUCUCUCUCUCUCUCUCUCUCUCUCUAUCUAUCUAUCUAUCUAUCUAUCUAUCUAUCUAUACACACACACACACACACACACAAUUACACCUACUCUCCCCACCGAUCCAUCUACUAUACUCUGCCCACCGAAUCCAUCUACUCUCCCACCGAUCCAUCUACUAUACUCUCCCCACCGAAUCCAUUUACUCAACUCUCCCCACCGAAUCCAUCUACUCUCCCACCAAUCCAUCUCUCCCCACCGAAUCCAUUUACUCAUCUCUCCCCACCGAAUCCAUUUACUCAACUCUCCUCACCGAAUCCAUCUACUCUCCCCACCGUAUCCGUCUACUCUCCCCACCGAAUCCGUCUACUCUCCCCACCGAAUCCAUCUACUCUCCCCACCGAAUCCAUCUACUCUCCCCACCGAAUCCAUCUACUCUCCCACCGAUCCAUCUACUCUCCCCACCGAAUCCAUCUAUUCUCCCCACCGUAUCCGUCUAUUCUCCCCACCGAAUCCCCCUACUCUCCCCACCGUAUCCGUCUACUCUCCCCGCCGAAUCCAUCUACUCUCCCCACGGAAUCCAUCUACUCUCCCACUGAUCCAUCUACUCUCCCCAUCGAAUCCAUCUACUCUCCCCACCGUAUCCGUCUACUCUCCCCACCGAAUCCAUCUACUCUCGCCGCCAAGUUGUCAAGGACUUCCUCUAAGUCGGCAGCACCCUCUCAUAUUUCCGAACAUGCGGAAGAGUCAUUGACCACUGCACCAAAUCCUCUGAUUGGAUAUUCGGAAGACUCAGCAAACACUCUCUAUCCGAAUAAAACUCAUGCUGCUCCGCUCCAUUGUCAUCACCUGCUUGCGCCACGCUUGUGA